ACAUCGCGGAGUGGUUGCCAGCCCAACAGCCCAUUCAUUUCAUUGUUGAAAAAAAAUGAGUCACCAACACAAACCAUUACGAAGCGGCCUGAGCUCCACAGUGUUUCUAAUACUGUUCCUGAUCGGCACCGUCGCCGCCGCCGGCGUAGACAAUGCCGCUCCCUCGCCGAGCCCAAAUCCCGAAUUCAAUCAGUACCACCUCCCAUCAUCACAACCCCAAAUCAAUGCCGCCCACAACAACCACCACCACGCCGUCCUCCGCUCCGCCUGCAGCAACACCAGAUUCCCAGACCUCUGCUUCUCCGCCGUUGCCGCCGUCCCGGGCGCCACCGAAUCCCUGACCACCCAGAAGGACGUGAUCGAGGCCUCCAUCAACAUCACCUGCCGUGCCGUGCAGCGCAACUUCUUCACCGUCGAGAAGCUGAUCAAGUCCGCCGCCGUCCGGCUGAGCCGGCGGGAGAAGACGGCGCUCCACGACUGCCUGGAGACGAUCGACGAGACCCUGGACGAGCUCCGCGCUGCAUACAGGGACCUUAAUCGGUACCCCUACAAGAAGUCGCUGAAUCGACACGCCGCCGACCUCAAGACGCUGCUGAGCGCCGCCAUGACCAACCAGGAGACCUGCCUCGACGGAUUCUCCCACGACGGCGCCGACCGGCGGGUCCGCGAGGCGCUGCUGAAGGGCCAGGUCCACGUGGAGCGCAUGUGCAGCAACGUCCUGGCCAUGAUCAAGAACAUGACCGACGCCGACAUUGACAGCCUGAAGGCCGCCGGGGUGAAGGACGAGGACGAGGAGGACCAUUUGCCGGAGUGGUUGACGGCCGGGGACAGGAGGAGGCUGUUGCAGUCGCCCGAGGUGAUAACGCCGAACGUGGUGGUGGCGGGGGACGGGAGCGGGGACUACCGGACGGUGGGGGAGGCGGUGGAGGCGGCGCCGAAGAAGAGCAGCGAGAGGUACGUAAUAAGGAUAAAGGCCGGGGUGUACAGGGAGAACGUGGAGGUGGUGAAGGGGAAGACCAACAUUAUGUUCCUCGGGGACGGCAGAGCCACCACCAUUAUCACCGGCAACAGGAGCGUCGCCGACGGGUUCACCACUUUCAAAUCGGCUACUGUCGCUGUCGUAGGGGAAGGAUUCCUGGCGCGUGACAUAACCUUCGAGAACACCGCCGGACACGCCAAGCACCAGGCCGUGGCCCUCCGAGUCGGCUCCGACCUGUCAGCAUUCUACCAGUGCGACAUCCUGGCGUACCAGGACACACUCUACGUCCACUCCAACCGCCAGUUCUUCAUCAACUGCCUCGUCGCGGGGACCGUCGACUUCAUCUUCGGCAACGCCGCCGUCGUCCUCCAGGACUGCGACAUCCACGCCCGCCUCCCCGGCCCCGGACAGAAGAACAUGAUCACCGCACAGGGGCGGAAGGACCCGAACCAGAACACCGGGAUCGUGAUCCAGAAGUCGAGGAUCGGCGCCACGUCGGACCUCCUCCUGCAGACGGCCGGGAACAUGUCGUACCCGACGUAUCUGGGGAGGCCGUGGAAGGAGUACUCGAGGACGGUGAUCAUGCAGUCGGAGAUAAGCGACGUGGUGCACUCCGCCGGGUGGCACGUGUGGGAUGCGGAUUUCGCGCUGGCGACGUUGUACUACGCGGAGUUUGGGAACAGUGGGCCCGGGGCGAAUACGACGGCGAGGGUUGAUUGGGAAGGGUAUAAGGCGAUUGGGAAUGAGAGUGAGGUGGUUGAGUUUACGGCGGAUAAUUUCAUUGCUGGCGGAUCCUGGCUGCGUCCGACCACAUUUCCGUUCUCUCUCGGGUUGUGAUUUUAUAGCUAUAAUAUUAUAUGUACGUGUUAAAUUCAAUAUUUGUUUGUUAUUAAUUAUUAUACACGUUAUAUUAUAUGUGAUUGAUAAUAAUGAGUAGUUGUAAGCAAGUUGAUCGAGAGUGUGCAAUGAUAUCACCGUGAUAUAUAUACUACUCUUCGCCUCUUUUAUGUGGGUGAUUAUGUAUGUUGUGUUCGAGGCUUCGAGCGGAUUUCGUCAAUAACACGUCGACAAUUAU